AGCCUGGCGGCCGGCUGGGCGAGGCCAGGGCCUGCCUGCAGCCAGACCUGGGGGUGGGAGGACCGGGCGGGGAUGUCGGACUGUGUGUGGCUUGUCGGUAUCAGUUGGUAUCAGUCGUGCGGACGUGAACGCGAUCGGUGGGAGAGCUCUGUGUGUGAGUGUACGUGCGCGCUUGCCCGUGGAGGAGACGUGUGUCACCUAAGGCUCUCUCUGCUGUGGCUGUGUGUCUGGGCUGGCUGGCUUGGACAAAGUGUGUUUUUGAGGGGCACGUGCACACCUGUCUGCCCUGUUGUUUAAGUGUGUGUUUGGUGUGACCUGACCUUUUCCCCCACCGGGGCUGUCAGGGAUUAGGCGCUGCCCCACCCUACAGCGGAGAUCCCUCAGUGUUGCCUGCCAAUUCCCUUGUUCAUCUAUAGACUCAGAUACUGCCCCACCCGGCUCUGAGGCAUGGAUAGGGUCCAGUAAACCUGGGGUGCUGAUACAACCCCCGGAGAACCACUCCCCGUGUCUCUGCCUCCCAGGCACAAGCAUCUACACGGCCAGGGAUCACCUUGCUUGACUCAGAAAAACCUGUGAAGUAAGGAGUGUCGUCCUAGCCUCAUCCCUAGGGAGAUUUCUGAGGCUCCCAAGGUAGUACUUAAGCCAUCUUCAUCUAUGAAUAAUAGUAAUAGUAAUAAUAAUAAUAAUAAUAAUAAUAAUACAGUAGUGACUAUUUCCUGAUACCUAUCCUGUAACAGGGCCAUACUACCCUAUUUGUGUUUUAAUUUCUUCCCACAAAAAUCCUAUGAGCCUUGUAGUCUGUGAGGCAACUGAGGUGCAGGAAGGUUGAAGACCUUGCCCAGGGCUACCCAGCCGAGAAGGGUCCGGGAAUAUUUGAUGAGUGCCACCCCCAACUGCAUUCUUACCAAGACAGGAUUACGGCCUUUUACUCAAGAUGCGAGCCACUCCUCUGGCAGCUCCUAUGGGUAGUCCCUCCAGGAAGAAGCAGUUGAAGUUGGAUGAUGACCUAGACACGGAGAGUCCCGCCCGGAAGCAAGCUCGAAGUGGACCCCAGCCCAGGCUGCCCCCCUGCCCUCUGCCCCUGAGCCCACCCCCUGCUCCAGUCCGUGCCCCUGCUGUGACCACUGCCUCCCGGCUUGGGCCCUAUGUCCUCCUGGAACCCGAGGAGGGCGGCCGGGCCUACCGUGCCCUGCACUGCCCCACAGGCACCGAAUACACCUGCCAGGUGUACCCCGUCUGCGAGAGCCUGAAGGUGCUAGAGCCCUACUCGCGGCUGCCUCCCCACAAGCAUGUGGCACGGCCCGUGGAGGUCCUGGCAGGCCCACACCACUUUUACGCCGUUUUCCCGCGGCCCCACGGGGACAUGCACAGCCUGGUGCGCCGCCGUCGCCGCCUGCCGGAGCCCGAGGCCGCCAGGCUCUUUCGCCAGAUGGCCGCCGCCGUGGCGCACUGUCACCAGCACGGUCUGGUCCUGCGAGACCUCAAGCUGCGACGCUUCGUCUUCGCCGACUGUGAGAGGACGAAGCUGGUGCUGGAGAACCUGGAGGACGCCUGCGUGCUGACCGGGCCGGACGACUCCCUGUGGGACAAGCACGCGUGCCCGGCCUAUGUGGGACCCGAGAUCCUCAGCUCGCGGGCAUCCUACUCAGGCAGGGCGGCGGACGUCUGGAGCCUGGGCGUGGCGCUCUUCACCAUGCUGGCCGGACACUACCCCUUCCAGGACUCGGAGCCUGCCCUGCUUUUUGGCAAGAUCCGCAGGGGGACCUACGCCCUGCCCCGGGGCCUCUCCUCCCCGGCCCGGCCACUUCCGCAGGUGCCUGGUCAUUCAUUUACGCGAGGCCCCCGUGGGCCGGCCCUGAGCCCCGAUGGCAGCGCCUGGAGGACAGGGAACCUCCUAGGCUGGGGGGGGGGCACCCCGCUGACCUCAAUACCAAGGGCCCUGGCCUCGCCCCUUGCCCCCUGUCCCCACCGGCUCGGAACCCUCCUGUGCGCCCCGCGUUCUUGGAACAGAGCCUGGGCCCUGGAUAGCCCACAAGGCCCUGCCGCUGCCCUGGCUGACCUCACCGUCUUCCUCCGCUCAUCACUCUCUUGCUCGUUCUGCUGGAGCGCCCCCCCUUUCUGAUCUAAUCCAACCUUUUCUUGCUAAGACCUUUGCCCUUACCUUUCUCUCUACCUGGGACACUCUUCCCCAACUGGGUCUUGAAAUAUCCAGCUCCUCUUUCAGGUCUCAGCUUCAGUGUCACCUCCUCCUAGAGGCCUUCUCUAAUCUCCUUACCCUGUCUAUUUCCUUGCCAGCGUGGA